AUAUUCACAACAUUUCCCAACCAAAUAGGAAGAUUUAAAAAAGAAGAAUACGAUUUUGCCUUUCAUACCCAUGUCCCGCCUAAAGAUUUGUAAACCAAUUGAAAACCUAACUUCCACUUGCACGCUUGGAAACGGACCAAUGCCAAUCGUGAAAUUUAGGUGGUUCUAACAGCACAAUUUGGGACUGGAUCUGGAGUCUUCUGACCCGUGUUGCUGCAGUGUGUCAGUAGCGAGCAGCUAACCAGUAGCGGCAGAGACUAGGGGAGGGUCUGCCGGGGGAGGAAUGGUGUUGCCUUUGGGUUAGUGUUGUGAUCAUAUUACAGACGAGAGGAAACCUUGUCCGCAGUGCCACAUUGGAAGCACACAUAAAACCACUGCAAGAACAGCCACACUUGAUUCUCUUCGCAAAGCGUUUUUGUUUUCAAGUCAAAUACGUGCAGGAAAAUAUUCUGUCUCCGCAGGAGAGUAACUCAACAAUUGCCAUUUUCCCCGGAUGGAUAUGCCGUAGCAACACCCGGAUUCGGCGAGUGGAGAGAAAGUGGUUUUGGUUUCGCUGGUUUAACUAGCUAUGGCCGCUCGAACCAAUGAAACGUCUCGUGGAAGCCCAGUAUUGUGUUAUUUUUGAAGGGACGGGUGGGCAGCUAGUUUCAGCACCGUACAUUCAGAGAAGUGGACUAUGUCAAUAGUAACUGAAUCACGGGGCACCUCCAUUAGUUACGGUAUGGUCCCCAGUAGCCGCAGCUCAGAUUACUCUUCAUAGUUUCUAGCCUGCAAAACUAGGUGGAAUAUGGGCAACUCCGCGGGCUGCCUCGAUAAACAAACAAACGAGACGUUGGUUUAUUGCUAGGUCGUUUGUGUACACAACUGAUUCCCUUUCGUCGGUUUCUACAUUGUUACAAAGACAAUUUAUUCUCAUUCUGUUCCUAGAUGUUGCCCCAGAUCGUAAUUUAGCUAGCGUAGUUGAUUGAAUCCAGCACAGCAGUCAUGUUUGCUGUCCGCAUCGUCACCGCUGACUACUACCUUGCAAGUCCCCUCAAAGACUUGGACGUCUGUUAUAACGAAUUCAGAGAAAGUGACGUGAAGAAAGUACCAGUGGUUCGAGUUUUCGGGGCAACACCAGCAGGUCAGAAGACCUGUCUCCACCUCCAUGGCAUCUUCCCCUACCUCUAUGUGCCGUACGAUGGCUAUGGGCAGCAGGCGGAGAGCUACCUGCGUCAGGUAGCCUUCAGCAUCGACAGGGCCCUCAACGUGUCCAUGGGAAACCCCUCCUCCAACACACAGCACGUCUUCAAGGUGGCACUGGUCUCCGGCAUGCCUUUUUAUGGAUACCAUGCCAUGGAGAGGAAGUUUAUGAAGAUCUAUCUGUACAAUCCUCAGAUGGUCAAAAGGGUGUCUGAGCUGUUGCAAGGAGGCGCUGUGAUGAACAAGCACUACCAGCCCCACGAGGCCCACAUCCCCUACCUGCUGCAGCUGUUCAUCGACUACAACCUGUACGGCAUGAACCUGAUCAACCUGGGAGCCGUCAAGUUCCGCCGGAGCCAGCCGCGCAGAGAGGGAUUUCCCCCAGAUCGCCAGGGCUGCAGCAGGCCAGGCACCAGCCCCUUGAAGAGCCCCUGUACCUCCAGACUGAGCGACAGUACACUGGGAGGCAUGUUUGUCCGCUGGGAGGAGGAUGCCAUAGCCUGUUCCCUGGUCCUGGAGGAUGUGGAGAAACAGAGCACAUGUGAGCUGGAAGUGGAUGCUGUGGCUGUAGACAUCCUCAACCGUCUGGAAAUAGAAAAUCAGAUUGGCAGCAACCCUGGCCUGCAGGCCAUCUGGGAUGACGAGAAGCAGAGGCGACGAGAGAAGAACCAGUCAUCUCAGAUGGAGACCCCACAGUCACAAGAUCGUGGGUUUGUCGCCUCGACGGAGAGCGAGAGGGCCUUCAUGCAGAGAUUCAAGGAGAUGCUGAAGGAAAAUGAGUUUGAUGUGACUCAGUCUGGGUCUGUGGAUGACGCGGCAGAGGAGCAGGAUCCAUCCCCAGCUGAACUGUCUCUACACCCUGAUGUCCUGACCCCAGAGCUGCUGCAGUGUACACCAGCCAACCUGGUGGAGGCGCAUAGAGGCUCCCAGACAGACACUAAAAGGAGCCGUGGUAAAGACCAGGAGGAGGCCAUUGUGGAUGAGGAGGCCAUUCUGAGUCUGUUGGAGAGCAGUCAGACCUUUCUCCCACUCUCCCAGAAAUCCAACCACUCACCCAUACUAGACAGCAGCCAGGAUCAUGCCAUGGUGGACCUGCUGGCAGGCCUGGAGGAUGAUGGGUAUCGGGCGGUCCCUAUGAGGCAGAACUCCCAGCAUUCCCUCCCCGGGGGAGGGAGCGCUCACUACAACAGUGACGAGGAGGAGGAGGGGCCAGAGCUAGAGAGGGAGGAGGCAGAACUCAGUCUUCUGAUGUCACAGAGAUGGGACAGCGACCUUCCAGAACAGUCUUCGAGACGGAGACCUGGUGUGAAGGAGGCAGAAGAGAGCUUCAGUGACGAGCCCCAGGACUCGUCAGAUGAGGAGAUGGAAUGGAGUGGGAACAACUCUCUUUUUGCCAACCUCUCCAUUCCUCAGCUGGACGGUGCUGCGGAUGAGAACAGUGAUUCAUCGGUAACGGACAAAGGCUCCAGGACCCACUCGUCCCUCACCGUCGCCGAUAAGAUCCUGGGGAAGAGGAACCCCUUUCCUGGGGAGACAGUCCACCUGGAGCCCCCGUCUUCAGCCAAGAUCCUCCUAGACCGCAAACACCCGGAGCACCGGCAAGCCCUCUCACAGGACACAGAGGACACAGCUGAUAAGCACUUCCUCUCCCUCAGCCAACACAGUCAUGAGUGUUCCACAGGGUUCAAGGUGAAUAAAGAGAUACCUUACAUCCAGCCGGUCAAACACCCCAUUCCCUGCAACAUCGCCAACCAGGCCGAGGUCUCUCAGAUCUGUGUGGACAAAAUGGACGUCGUUCGGCCUCUGUACACCUACGAGAAGAAGACGAUGGCUCUGGAUGAGUCGGAUCUGGACGUCUUUCCGUUCGGCAAUGGGAAAAUCACUCAGAGCAGGAAGAAGUACAGCAGCAUCAAGAAUGUGGAGAAGAAUCGUCUGUCCAUCCUGCAGAACCACAGGAGCUUCUCCCUGUGUUACUCUGAGUUGAGGAACUGCCCCAGCAAGACAGAGCUAGAGCUGGGUCAGAAAGAAUGUAAAAGCCCCAUACCGAGGAACAGUAUAAACCCAGCCCCCUGCCCCAUAGAAGAGGACGAGCUCAUUGUCUCGAGGGAGGGUGAGAUGGGCAGAGGCAGCGAGGAGGGGGACAUGGGCGAGCUGAAGAUCCGGUACGAGGACUAUCAGGAGAACAAGACUGAGAGGACCAUAGUAGCCCAGCAGGAAGCACACUACAAGUUCUUCCCCAGUGUCAUUCUCUCCAACUGCCUUACCAGGCCCGCCAAGAAGGUGGUGGGCAACAAGUUGACUGACGGCUGCGCCAAACUAGAGCAGGCAGAGCCACGCAGGUCCAGGCUAAAGCUGGGCAAGAGGAGGUCGGCUGCAGCAGCCCAGAAAGCUAAAGCGAACGCUGGGGAAAGCCUAGGCUCUGACAGCCAAGUGGGCAUGGCCUUAACGUCCAUCAUGCCUGCCUGUCCUAAGAGCACGGACACAGUGGCAAAGUCAGUCAUAGAGGAGACUAGACCCACAGCACCACUCCCAGAAUUGCCUGCUCCUGCCCAUUCCCCUGCCCUGGCCCCUUCCCCUCUACCAGCCCCUGUCGUCUCCCCUACACCGGCCCCAGUCCCUGCCUGUCCCACUGAGGCGUCUGUGGAGGGCAGGUUGGCCCCACUGCCUGAGCUCCCUGCUAAAGUGACCGGCACCAAAGCCUCAGGUCUGCCUGGCAGCAAGUACACCCUGAGGGCCAAGCGCAAGAUGAGCUACGACAGCAGCGAGGACGGGGAACACUCGGGCACCUCUCGCGUGAAACACCCUCUGGCCCUCCGAGACAACUACGUCCGCUUCAAAGACAACUAUAUCCUCAGCACGCAGGAACUCAAGUACCAGAAACGACGGAAGAUGUCCAGAAAGGAGCCAAGGGAGCCACCCAUCAUCAUCAAGUACAUCAUCAUCAACAGGUUCAAGGGUCAGAAGAACAUGUUGGUGAAGAUGGCCAAGGUGAGUGCUGAGGAGCAGCGGGUGGUGCUCACACCAGACAAACUGGAGACGUACACUAAAAUGGCCCCUCUCAAGUCCUUCUGGCCUAAGGUUCUAGAGUCUUGUGCGGUCAAGUUUCCUCUCAGUGAGCCCAAGGCUAAUAAGAAACAGCCCAAACGAAAGGUUAAUAAGGUCAACACCACCACCACUAAGAAAACGGCCAGUGGCCCACCCAAACCUCGAGUCCGAGUCAGGCAGGGGGGCGAGAGGCCUAGAAGGACUAAAGGCCUCAGGAAAGCCUCGACUCGGCCCUCUCUGCCGUGCCCGCGGCCAUGUUACUGUGAACUGGCCAAUGACCACGCCACUGAGUACUCUGAUGUGAUGGUGGAGUUGGGUUAUCUGUCUGAGAGAUCCCCUAGCCCCACUGAUUCAACCCCACCCCGGUGUUGGUCCCCUAGUGACCCCCUUAUGGAAGCCAUGUCCUCUGAUGGGUUGAUGAACCCAUUAAAUGAUCCCUGUCUCAGUUCUGUGUGUCAGGAAACCCCCACAGAGUCCUUAGGCCGAGGUGUGCGGAACCGAAGCCGGACUGCUAAACCUAGCAGCCCAAGAAGACGGACUAAGUCUGCUAAUAAGCUUUCGGCGGAAGUCAAAAAGGAGAGUGCCACGAGAAGGAAAAGUACUACUGGGACUCCACGGAGGAGAAAGAAAGAUCUAGAAACUGUUGAUGGGACGAGUGUGGGUGGUGACUCUACUAACACCACCACAAGAACUCGAAGGCCUCGUAGGAAGAAGCAGGCUGAACAGCCCCCUGUAAAAAGCAGAGACUGUGACAGUUCCCAGCUCCUCUUCCCAGAGGAUGUGUCGCCUCCUACUGAAUCCUCUUCAAAGACCGUACCACCCUUUCAGCAGUCAGCUAACAAAACCAGCCAGAUCAUUGACGGCUCCCAUGGGGUCACUGGCUCUAAAUCCCUAUCCCAGUUCAUUGAACCAAAGUCCGAGGACUAUGAGACCUCCAUAAUGGAGGUGAACCAAAGCUUUGCUCUCAAACUCUUCCAAACGCAUCCAGGCCAGCUGCCGAGUUGUGCUGUGAAGGCAGAAACUACAGUUGAUGAGUGCACACCCCCUCAGGUGAAAUCCCCCAUGGUGGGAAAGAGUAAGGGCGCCCCCAAAUCAGGGUCCCCUCACUCAGGCCUUAGGAACGGGGAGGCCCUACCUGAGGAUACCUCUGGCCUGGCUGUUCUGAAGAAGCUCCUGCAGAAGAGGCAGCAGAGAGGUGGUCAGUGCCUCCCAACCCAGACAGUGGGCACAGAGAUCUCCUCCUCCACUACAACACAGCCCCCUGGCCCCACACCAGACCCUGCUGCAGCCAAGCCACCAAGAGCCAGGAAAACUCCGUCAGCCACCCCACGGAAACCCCGGGUCUCAAGAACUACAACUCCCAAGGAGAAGAAGCCCAGAAGCAGGAAGGGUAAGGCGAACUCUCAGCCUGAGUUACCUGUGAAGCAGGAGCCACCAAUGUCAGACGACAGCCCAGUGUUCCUGUCAGACCCAGGCCUGGACAGCUGCUACUCCAUAGAGGACAGCCUCUCCCCAGAGCUCCCACACAACUACAACUUCGACAUCAACGCUAUCGGCAUUGGCAGCCAGACGGAGUUCUCCAGCCUGUACAUGGGCAGCCAGUUUGUUCUGACCGACAAGAAUCUGCCUCAGAAGUUCCUGAGUGACAUCACCCAGGAGGCCAUCCCUGCGCUGGCGCUGAGCAUUGAGAAGAGGCCUGAUAGGCUGUCUGGGUCUGGGGAGGUGCUCCAACGAAGCUUGUCUGGACCUCUGAGUCCUGACCUCUUUGACAAGCCAGAAAACGGUGAAUCUGUCUCCAACCAUUUAUCUUCUCUGGAUUCCGAGAGGUUACUGAGGAGCAGAGAGUGGGGAACGUCCCUGGGCAAACUCCACGGCCUCAGCCACUUCCAGGGCUUUCACUGUGAAAGGAAAGAGCUGCUGUUCUCUGCCUUCGACCCCGUCUUACCGCUGCCUCUGAGCUCUGCGUCUUUCGCAGACAAUGAAGGAUCACCGACCGGAGACUUACCGGAGGGGAAUGAUGCUUUGACGUCGACCACGGCCAGUAGUUCUCCGCGCUCGGUUAACUCCGUAUCCCAGGUGAAGACCAGCAGCCAGCUCCUCAGGGGGACAGGAGGGGGAGCCCACAUCCUCAAGCCCCUCAUGUCCCCUCCCAACCGGGAAGAGAUCCUCACCACCCUCCUGGACCUGGAGAUGUCUGAGGCCAUCUUUCAGGAGCCCUUCUGCAGCAACCCCUCAGACGCUCCAGGGAAACCCAGGGAGGUUGGUGGACGUAAGUUGACGGUGGAGACCAGGUUGGCCAAGGAGCUGGCUGAGUUCAACGGGGACCUAUCCCUAGAGGGGCUACACUUCUGGAAGACGGCCUUCUCCGCCAUGACCCGGCCCGGCUCCUCUCACACCCUGGGAGCAGAAGCCACCAGAGACCAGGCCCAGCUCAGCCCCUCUUCAGCCGGGGACCAGAAGGUCAUCCUGCUGCCCUGUAGGAGCGCCCCCAGGCGGGAACGCGUCCAGCUAUGGCUGGAGGCCAGGAAACAGUACGAGCAUCUGCAGAGGGGCAGGAGAGACAUGGGAGCACUGGAGAGGGGAAGGUUAGAACAGAUAAGAGAAGAGCAGCAAACUGACAGGACUGAACAGCCCACUCUGCUCCAUUGUCCAGCAUUGAAGGAAGAGGAGGGGUUUGAGAAGCCCUCCGAUAUCAGGACUCAGAGGGAUAAUCUCUCUCUACAUAUAUCACCUGUUGGGGGGGUGGAAACUCAGGACAGCCCCAGAGGAGUGAAGCCUGUAUCAGACAUUAACACCAGAGACUCUGAGGAGGAGUGUUAUGGUAAAUCCAUCUCUCCAGACUCGCCAGACCUGCCGCCCUGGCAGCAGCCCACGCAGCCCAGCCCCUCAGGACUAGAUGGAGUAGAGGGGGAGAGGAGAGGGUCAGAUCUAGGGUCACCCUUGUCCCCCAGGCUCUGCACCUCCCCAGAGAGGAGCGAGGAGAAGCACUUCCUCAGUCCCUCUCCCUUGCCUUCCACGAAGAGCCGAGGGGACAGGGAGAGGACCAGCCCCAACCUUCAGCUCCACAGCACCCCAGUCCUCAGGAGACGCAGGUGCAGGGGCGAGUCUGAACCCAUGUGCAGCACCCCUUUGACUGAAGACGCAGAGUCCCCAUCUCAGAGACUGCAGCACAGGAGAGGGGAACACACAGACACCCUGAGGAGAGUGACACUGACCACACAGAUGAAGAACCAGUUUGCUGCUUUGAACGUUGCAAAGAAAGACAACUCUCAGAUCGAGGGCCCCAGCAUCAGCAACUCGUACGGCUUCAAAGUCAGCAUGCAGAACCUCCAGGACGCUAAAGCCCUGCACGAGGUGCAGCACCUGACGUUGAUGAGCAUGGAGCUUCACGCUCGAACCCGGCGGGACCUGGAGCCCGACCCCGAGUUUGACCCCAUAUGUGCCUUAUUCUACUGCUUCAGCUCUGACGCACCCCUACUGGACUCAGACAAGACGCAGCUGACUGGGGCCAUCGUGGUGGACAAGGACUGCCAGGACAGUGGCCAAGGUGUCAGAGGAACAGCACCCCUGCUGGUCAGAUCUGGGGUCUCAGGACUGCAGGUCACCUACGCUGUGGAUGAGAAGCGGCUGUUCCAGGAAGUUGUCACGAUCAUGAGGAGGUUUGACCCAGACAUGCUGGUAGGCUAUGAAGUCCAGAUGCGUUCCUGGGGCUACAUCCUCCAGCGGGCAGCGGCACUCAACUUUGACCUUUGCCAGCAGCUCUCCAGGGUGCCAGGUGACGCCAAGGAGAACUGUUUCGCUGCGGAGAGGGAUGAGUACGGAGCGGACACCAUGACGGAGAUACACAUCAUCGGCCGCAUCGUCAUCAACCUGUGGAGGAUCAUGAAGACCGAGGUAACGUUGAACAACUACAGUUUUGAGAAUGUGGCCUUCCACGUCCUACACCAGCGCUUCCCCCUGUACAGCCCCCGCACCCUGUCGGACUGGUUCGACCACAACACGGACCUGCACAGGUGGAAGAUGGUGGACUAUUAUGUGAGCCGGUUGGGCGGCACCAUGCAACUUCUCCAGCAGCACGACAUCAUCGGCAGGACCAGCGAGCUGGCCAGGGUGUUCGGGAUCCAGUUCUACCACGUGCUCACCAGGGGAUCCCAGUACCGUGUGGAGUCCAUGAUGCUGCGCGUGGCCAAGCCCAUGAACUAUAUCCCCGUGACGCCCAGCAUUCAGCAGAGAGCCCAGCAGAGGGCGCCACAGUGCAUCCCGCUGGUCAUGGAGCCCGAGUCACGCUUCUACAGCAAUUCUAUGGUGGUGCUGGACUUCCAGUCGCUCUACCCCUCCAUCGUCAUCGCCUACAACUACUGCUACUCUACCUGCCUGGGCCACGUGGAGAGCAUGGGAACGCCCGAUGAGUUUAAGUUUGGCUGCACCUCCCUGCGGGUCCCCCCUGAGCUCCUCUACCAGCUCCGCAAUGACAUCACCAUCUCUCCCAACGGCAUCGCUUUUGUCAAGCCCACGGUGAGGAAGGGGGUCCUGCCCAGUAUGUUGGAUGAGAUCCUGAACACGCGGUUCAUGGUGAAGCGCUCCAUGAAGACUUACAAGCAGGACAAGGCCUUGAUGAGGCUCCUGGACGCCAGGCAGCUGGGACUCAAGCUCAUCGCCAACGUCACCUUCGGCUACACCGCCGCUCACUACUCCGGACGUAUGCCCAGCGUAGAGGUUGGAGAUAGUAUUGUCCACAAGGCCAGGGAAACCCUGGAGAGGGCCAUCAAGCUGGUCAACGACACCAAGAAGUGGGGAGCCCACGUUGUCUAUGGUGACACAGACAGCAUGUUUGUCCUGCUAAAGGGAGCGACUAAAGAGCAGGCCUUCAAGAUCGGCAACGAGAUCGCCGAGGCGGUGACUGCUACCAACCCUAAACCUGUCAAGCUGAAGUUUGAGAAGGUGUACCUCCCGUGCGUGCUCCAGACGAAAAAGCGCUACGUGGGCUACAUGUACGAGAGCCUGGACCAGAAGGACCCCGUGUUUGACGCCAAGGGGAUCGAAACUGUGCGUCGAGACGGAUGCACUGCUGUUUCCAAGAUUUUGGAGCGUUCCAUCAAGCUGCUGUUUGAGACGCGGGACAUCAGCCUGGUGAAGCAGUUUGUGCAGCGUCAGUGUGUGAAGGUGCUGGAGGCCAAGGCCAGCAUGCAGGACCUGACUUUCGCUAAGGAGUACAGGGGCAGCGGCUCCUACCGGCCGGGGGCCUGCGUCCCUGCUCUGGAGCUCACCAGGCGUAUGAUGGCUUAUGACCGGCGCCUGGAGCCACGGGUGGGCGAGCGGGUGCCCUACGUGAUCGUGUACGGGACGCCCGGCGUGCCUCUCAUUCAGCUGGUGCGGCGGCCCCUGGAGGUGCUGCAGGACCCGGGCCUGCGCCUCAACGCCACCUACUACAUCACCAAGCAGAUCCUGCCCCCGCUGAGGCGCAUCUUCCAGCUCAUCGGUGUGGAUGUGCUCAGCUGGUACCAGGAGCUCCCCAGGGUCCAGAAGGCGUCAUGCUCCAUGGUGGCCAGAGGGGAGGAAGUGGGGAGGAAGGGGACUAUCUCCCAAUACUUCACCACGCUGCACUGUCCUGUGUGUGACGAGCUCACCCAGUUAGGGGUGUGUGCCAGCUGCCGUGCCGAGCCCCAACGCGUGGCCGUCACUCUCUACCAGGACAUGCGCCUUUGGGAGAGCCAGCAGGACCAGCUGCUAAAGAUCUGUCGGAACUGCAGCGGCAGUGCGGAGCGGCAGGUUCCGUGUGUGUCUCUGGACUGUCCGGUGCUCUACAAGCUGUCCCGGGUCAACAGACAGCUCACCAAGGCCCCCUACCUCCGACAGCUCCUGGAGCAGUUUGGAUUGUGAACGGCCCCUGUGGCCCACUGCGCAGCACAGCUACUCUGGUGCUAAAACCAACGCUGUCUCAUCCAGCCGUGUUUCCCUGUCUUUUCCUUUUUAAAUGGUGCUUUGAUUGAACCCCGUUGGGUUUUCAUGUUGUCCCGUUGUUAUUUGUUAUACAAGUAUUUCUGCUCUAAGUGCAGACUGGCUGGGUUUGGGCCUCCUGAAGGAGACGAGGGAGUGGUUUUCAAGGGCUCGUUCUCCCUCGCUCACUGUGUCUUCAUUAGCUGCUAUUGGUUGGUUGUGAUUGAAGCUGAUGUUUUUUUUCUUUCUUCAGGAUGGAUGGAGAUAUAGUCUCUUCUGUAUCAUAAAGAUGGCAUUAACUCUUGACCGAAGAGGCCCCUACCGUUUUUAUUUUGUAGGCGCUGUAGCAAUUUGUAAAUGCAAGACUUAAAAAGUCUGAACAGUAUUUCUAAGGAGCUCCUUACGACGCAAAGGUUGACUAAAGAAAACACUGUUUAACUACAUUUCCCUUUUUUAUAUCAAAUACAAUCUUUGGUAAAUAGUUCUUGUAAAAGUGCCCAUUUGAAUUAUCUGUGCAUCGGCAUUAAAAAAUGAAAACAAAUCAACUAGUUUUUAUGCAUUCUGUUUGUGUGCCAUUUUGUCUCUUUUAGCCUCAAUUUGUCAGUUAUGAAAAAGCAUAUUAUCAUUAUACCCUGAGGCACUAAUGCCUAUAAAAAGAGGAUGGGGGAGUAUUCAUUUCAGUUUUUACUUCUGGGACUGUUGCAAUACUGUAUUUUGAUAAUUUAUGGCAAGAGUAUAUAUUAUUUCCUUGUGCAUAUUUGUUUUGUACACAUUUCUAAUGCUUUCUCCAUGUUAAAACAGCAUAUGCCAUCUACCCAUGUCAAGAUGGAUUAUAUUAUUUCCCAAACAACUAUACACAGGAUCUGUGUAUUUGUAUAAAUGUAAAUGUACAACAAAAAAUAUGAAGGAAGUGUUUCUUGCUUUGUUUUUAAUGGACAUUGCUGUGGGUGGAGGUUGAAGAUUGAUAUAAUAAAACUCAAUGUAUUAAA